CCCUCCAGUGCGCAGACCGAUGCUCUAAUCACUGACCCACACUGGCCAGAGCCAGUUUCACUUAUUUUUCACUGUUUAUGUAAGCUACUAAAUUGUUUGGCUUUGCUUUUGUAUUAGAUAGAAGCAUUAAGACAGUGUUAAAGGAUGGUAGUCAUAACUAGCACCUCUAUCGAGUUCCUGAUUUUAAUUAAAAUGGUUUUUAUUUUUCAGUCUUUUGUAUAGCAUCCUGUUCAGUUUUUUUUUUUUUUUGGUAAAUAACUUUUUAUUUUACUUAAGUGAUUUUCUUCUAUCUCUGGCUUUGAGUUUUUAUUAGGAAUGUCUACUGAAUUUCGUCAAGUUUAUUCAGCACUUAAUGUGAUUUGCCUUAAUUUGUUGAUAGAGUAGAAUAUUUAACAGGAAAUGGUUAAAUAUUGGCAGUUUCAUCAGUUAUAGUCUCAUUCUGUAAGAACUUUUAACUGGGGCUCUGAGGGUUCAUUUUGAGUUAAAUUGGGUACCAAUGACUGUCUUAAGGAAUGUUGUUGUGAUGACAUGAGAACUGAGCCCCAGGAGGCAGGUGACUUAAUCUGCCAUUAUCCAUUUAGUUGAGGCCCUGGGUCCUCCCAGUUUGCGGCCUGGCUUUUUUGUUAAGGACAUGUUACAUAUUAUUUUGCCUGUGUUUUUUUAAAACCCAAUUAAAUAAUACAUAGAAAUAGUACAUAGAAAUUGGGAUAUUCAUAAAAUAAGGAAAACCAUAAAGAAGAAGGAAAAAAAUCACUUGUAAUCCAACCAUCAGUGAAAAGUGGAGUUGAAUUUUAAUGUGUUGCCUUCCAGUCAUAUAUAUGCAUAAUGGUUAUUCUCUCUUUUAUAAAAAUCAAAUACAUCAUGAGCCUGCAUUAUUUUAAAAAGGAAAUGAAUGUAUAGAUUUUUGUGAGGACAUAGAUUUAUUGCCCCCAUUUAAAUAAUAAUUUGUCUCUUCUGAAGAAAAUGUUUUUCUUCAAAACAAAACAUUUAACUCUUGACUAGAUUUGAUAAAGUGUGGCUGUCAGGUUUUUUUUCUCUCUCUCAGUUUUCUAUAUGAAUAUUUUGAUCACACCUCCAAGAGUGGUUUUACUAAAAUAAAAACACACUUGGAAGACCUAUUAUUUUACUAAUGAUAGUAAUAUAACAGCUUGUAGUUUUAUUGCGUUUUUAUUUCAUUACCUCAAGAUAUCAGCCAAUUAUAUUUUUAUUGGCAUAACUAUCUAGUUCUAAACAUGAGUAACCUGGGAUAUAAAGACAAUAAGUUACAUGCCCAAAUUCACAAGGAGUUGGAAAAGCCUGAACUCCUGAGUUUGGCAAAUGCUUUCUCUAUUUAUUGAACUGUAACUCUCAGAAAUAAUUCCUUAUUUUCAUUUAAUAUUUAUUAAGCACUCAAAAUUGGGAUUCAAAAAUACAGUCUAUAACAAAUAGUUUGGCUGGAGGGCAAGUGUUUGAGGGGAUGUGGAAUAGUGGUAUCAGAUUGGAAAAGCAAUAGAGAGCCAUUGACUCUUCUUGAACGGUGGAGUACCAUAAUAAAGUAUGUGGUACUGGAUAUUUAAUCAGGCAGAAAUAAAUAUGUUAGAAAAAUGAAUCAGACUAGAAGUCUAGAUGGUAUUUAAUGAUGGCCUAUAGUAAAGUAUUAAAAACUGAAGAGGAAGUGAAUUUGAGAGCUGUUGUAGAAAUAGAUUUCUAGGAAAUGGUGUCUAGGAACAGUACAUUGAGGGUGAGAGUGGUCAAGAUGAUUUCUAAGUUUCAUUCUUGAGUACCUAAAAUGUUGGGAAAAAAUAAGAGAGGCUUAUUUGCCACUGGUCUUUUUACGUUGCCACACUUUGCCACAUUUUCCAGUAAGACCUGUUAAAUAUGGCUGUCAGACUUAUUCUCAGUAUGCUUCUGAGUUUCUAUCCUUUGUAUAAUUGUAGUGCUUCAGACCUUAACAUGUAAUUAAUUGAGUUCUGAUUAUGAAUGGCCAUUUGCCUGCAAUGAGAAAGCAUGCGUGUGAAACAAAUAAAAAAUGCGUAUAUCUGGAGAUUCUUUAACAUUGCUCUUCGUUCCUUGGGAAAGUGCUACAAGGUGUAAUCCAGGUGUGCAGACCUGGAAUGCUUACAAAUACCAACAUUUGUUUAUUUUCUUUUACUCUACUGGGUCUGUAGAACUUUGUUUAGAAGGAUGAAUUGAAAAUCCAAAGACACCUGGAAGAAAAGACACUAAAAACACAUUUUCUAAUCAUCUGAAAAUUGUCAUCACUUAGAACAUUACCAGAACAGCCACAAGAAAAUUCCACUUUGCAUUGUUUUAAUUAGGCACAAAUAAGAUUCUGUAUUCUGUGAUACAAAGGCUGAUUGAUACCAUGCAACUUCCUGUAAUUUUCAAGCCUGGUGGAAAUGGUACCUUUACUUUUCCAUCUUUUGUUAAAUGUUUGUGUACUGAGUCUCAGCAAACUAGAAGUGAGACAUGGCAUCUCAAAACUAUGGGAUAGUGUUAAAUACAGGAAGAAUGUAAUUCCUCUUCUGUGUGUACACUAUGCAGUAUUCAGAAUGGGUGAGGUUCUCUUUAUUUUCGUCUUGAAAAACUGAUUUUUAAAUUUGCUUGUUGUUUUCAUCAUCUUUCUUAAUAUUGAUUAACACCCAGUGAAUCACAAGGGAAAAUUAAUGCUGAGUAUUUAACGUUUUAGCUAGAAAUUCUUGUGCUGCUGAAUUACGAUUCCUCAGUUGCUAUGCACUGUUAAUUCAUUUUCAUUCUUUAACAUUGCUCUUAGUUCCUUGGGAAAGAGCUACAAGAAAAUAGGAAUUUCCUCUCAGCAUUACCCCUCUGGCAGUGUGUUUCAGCCUAAUUCCCCGCUGGCACUCUGUUCCGGUUACUACCUCUUCUCCUUAUUAGCAGUUUGCGUUCUGUUCAUCUACCAAAAGGGGGGAUUCCAGACAGACGAGGAAACAGCUUUGAAACACUGUACUGCAGGCAUGUUCGGUUAUUCCCCCAUUGUGCCGUCUGGAAAUCAGGGAGCGCCUCUCUGGUGAUGAAUCCGAAUGAGCUGCUGAAGACGCCACACCAGUGUGUGUGCCUGCACAGGCAUUUUCUCUCCCCUCCCCCGCUGCUUCCCUUUCCCAAGCCCCCCUCUCCCUGUUUUCCCUCCUACUCCUUUAUCCCCUCCCUCUGUGUGUCGGUUCUGCAGUAAACCCGGCUGAGGCACAUUCCUGCUUUGCAAGGCUUUCUGUUAAGGAUGUUUUGUGGCUUUUGUUUGGAUUGCAGCAUGCAGAAUUACAGCUGUUCAGAGGAGACUCAUUACAACUCCUGCUGAAGCUCCUAAUUUUCUUCCCUUCUCUUCUGCCCCUACCCCAUACCCUCAUUGACCUGAAGACAUUGUACCCAGAAUUUGCCUUACUCUCCUGGCACUAUGUGUACCGUAAACCUGAUACUGUGGCCGCAUCUGGGACUGGCCAGACUGCUGCUGCUGGCUCUCCCUAUUCCAAGGACUUAAAGGGUGACUGCACUGCAGGCAAUGCAUCAGAGCAGCAGCAUCGCGAGCCUGGGGACUGAGGCUCCUUGGGCAUUAUUACAAACACACAGAGCUGACCGCAAUGACAGCAGCUGCUCCUUUGAACUGUUGGCAGUGGCCAAGCGGCAGCAUGAAGUGAGAGAUCACUCGUAAGCUCAAGAUGAACUCCACCUCGGAUGGUAAUCAGAGCAGCCACCCUUUUUGCCUCUUGGCAUUUGGCUAUUUGGAAACUGUUGAUCUUUGCCUUUUGGAAGUGUUGAUUAUUGUGUUUCUAACUGUAUUGAUUAUUUCUGGCAAUAUUAUUGUGAUUUUUGUAUUUCACUGUGCACCUUUGUUGAACCACCACACUACAAGUUAUUUUAUCCAGACUAUGGCGUAUGCUGACCUCUUGGUUGGGGUCAGCUGCCUGGUUCCUUCUUUAUCACUCCUCCACUACCCGCUUCCAGUAGAGGAGUCCUUGACUUGCCAGGUGUUUGGUUUUAUAGUAUCAGUUCUGAAGAGUGUCUCCAUGACCUCUCUGGCCUGUAUCAGCAUCGAUAGAUAUAUUGCCAUCACUAAACCUUUAAUCUAUAACACCCUGGUUACACCCUGGAGACUACGCCUGUGUAUUUUCCUGAUUUGGCUGUAUUCCACCCUGGUCUUUCUGCCUUCCUUUUUCCACUGGGGGAAACCUGGAUAUCAUGGAGAUGUGUUUCAGUGGUGUGCGGAGUCCUGGCACACCGACCCCUACUUCACCCUGUUCAUCGUGAUGAUGUUAUAUGCCCCAGCAGCCCUCAUUGUGUGCUUCACCUAUUUCAACAUCUUCCGCAUCUGCCAACAGCACACAAAGGAAAUCAGCGAAAGGCAAGCUCGGUUCAGCAGCCAGAGCGGGGAGACUGGGGAGGUGCAGGCCUGUCCUGACAAGCGGUAUGCCAUGGUCCUGUUCCGGAUUACUAGUGUGUUUUACAUCCUCUGGUUGCCGUACAUCAUCUACUUCUUGUUGGAGAGCUCCACUGGCCACAGCAACCGCUUCGCAUCCUUCUUGACCACCUGGCUUGCUAUUAGUAACAGUUUCUGCAACUGUGUCAUUUAUAGUCUCUCCAACAGUGUCUUCCAAAGGGGACUAAAGCGCCUCUCAGGGGCCAUGUGUACUUCUUGUGCAAGUCAGGUCAUAGCUAAGGACCCUUACACAGUUAGGAGCAAAGGCCCUCUUAAUGGAUGCCAUGUCUGAAGUGGUUCAUAUUGGGUCAUUGUGUGUGUGUGUGUGUGUCGGGAGGGGUGUCCUUUUUCUCUCUCUGUAUUCCUUGUUCACUAGAAAAUCUGGGACAAAAUCAUUUGACUCUAAGCAAUAGGAAACAAAUGAUCCAUCCAAAAAAACCUAAGUUUGCAGAAAUGAUUUUUUUCACAAAGUGCUUUUAAAUCAGAAGAAUCAGGACUGUGAAGAUAAAUUGCUCUUGGUUCCACAUUUUGUAAUGCAUGGCGAUGACGACAGUUCUCAGAUUUAAGAUGAAUAAAGUCGAAUCUCACACCUCUCCCUCCGGCUGGCAUGACUGAAGCGGGCUGUGAAGCGCGUCAGCAUUUUAAAAAGUCUUUGUUUUUAUGUUGCUUUUCUGGGUUCUUUCCGAUUGUUUGGGCUUCAUAUGCAAUUGAUUUAUUUAACAGGAAUAUUAAAAUAUACUAAUUCAUUAACAGGAUUUUAAAGUUUUGUUUAUGUAUGCCAAAGUGUAACACUGCAAGUUUCAGUACUGUCACUUAGAAAUCCAGAUGUUUGUCUUCCUCUCCUGAGAGCAUUCUCAGUACAGUGAAUUAUGUGAACACGUAAAUACUAACUUGAGAAUUCUGCAGUGAGCCAUGUCGCUGAAUGCAGUGAAAUACUAGACAGUUUGUGGAGAACUGAAACGUGGCUACUUUUCGUGCCAUGCUUUGUGGAGAUCUAAAGAAAUGUGUGCAUAGAAAGGGAUUCUGUUGCAGUAUUUUUGCCUGUGCCUUUGUGUAUGUGUGUACGGAGAAUGUUUGAAUUCAGUUAGAUUUCAUCUUUACAGUAAAAUGUACAUUUAACUAGUUUGUUUUUAAAAUAGAAGGGGAUUAAUUGAGAUGUUCUCUUUGUGAUUAAAUGGAAUCAACUAAUAAAAUAGCAACUAAUUCUUUUUCAAAGCAUUCUUUUAGUUAGUGUAAAGGAACCCACUUUUGUAUAAGAGGAGAAAUUCUGAUUUAUGUCUCUUAUUGUUCUCUUUUGGGAUACAGUUCUUUCCUUAAUAGCCUUUUUUUCCCUUUUUAAACCAAAGUACUAGCAAAAUCUAUAGGAUUUUAUUCUAUAGAAUUAUUGAGAAUCCUGUGCAUUUGUAUGUAGUAGUGAUGUUUUGUUCUUAAGUGAUUAUCUUUAGACAAGAGGUUUAUUUUCUAAGAGGAUAAAAGGAUUUCCCAGCAGCUCCAGGCAUGAGAGUAUUUCCCCUCCGUUUUACUAGUUUUAAUGUUUUGGAAGUAUUCAGGGGACUUACGUGCCUUUGGCUAGCAGUUGUCAUCUGAAUGUGACGGUGAUGUUCAGUGAGAUGGGAGAUGGAGGAACCCAAGGGAUGUGGGUGAAAGUAGAUUUUUUAAUCCAAGAAAGGAUAUGGGUAUUUAUAAAGUAGGCAGAUAUGCUUUGGUUUUCCUUCAUGAUAUGAGGAAACUUCCUACCCCUUUUAAAAUAGAGGGCAGUUGUAUGAUUUUAGGUUUUAGAUAUCGAUUUGAUUUUAACUUCAAAUGUGUUCUGUUAAAACUUUUUUAUUUUAAGUGAUUGAGUAAUCUAUAAAAUUUAAACUUGAGAUUCUGAGUACUUCCCCUAAACUUGCUUGCUCUUCAUAUUUAGUAUUAAAAAUUUUGAUUCUAAGUUGUUUCAAAAUUUAGAAUUCAUAUUCAAAUUACAAGUUAACAAUGUCUUUAAAUUGCCAUGUCAAGUGGAAAACCUUUUCUGUUGUGUUCUGAAAAACAGUUGUACACAUUUCUUCUUUAAGGAGCACAGUUCUAAAAAAACUUUUUUUUUUUUUCAUGUAUGCUGGGGAAUGUAACCUGUUCAAAUUUGCACUGUUUGCUUGAGAAUUUUUAGUUAUGCAGAUAUGGGAAUUUUAAAGAUUUGAUUUUUGUAGAAAAUUGAUGUUAAAUCAGUAGAUUUUACUUUUGGGGUGGCUGAGAGCCUUUUAAUCUUUCCCUCCAAUAGGGUUCCAUUUUGUGAGAAUGGAAAAGAGAAAAUUUCUGUUUAAUUUCCUGGAAAUGGCUAGUCAUGCUGGUCUUUUAGUGACUGGAAUGACAGCUCAGAAUAAGAACUUUUGUUAAUAGAUUUUUGCAUUUUUGUUUUAAUACCAAAUUUAGAUGUUAUUAGAGAGUGGUGGUUUUUUACAUUAGAAAUGUUAUCACUGUCUCAGUCUAAAACUAAAGUAGAAACUAAGUAGAUUGAGUAAUUUAAAGAAAAAUAAAGCUCCCAAACCCCUCACCGACUGACACUUGCUUAAAGUCAGAUUUUUUCCAGUUUACCUUUUCUUCAUUGGACUGUCUGUAUAAACUCUAAGAUUUCUUCUUCCAGGUAUCAGUUCUAUUCCCACGUUCAUUGUCUAUAUUGCUUUUUUAUUUUUAUUUUCCCAUGAGUAUGUGUGUAUGUUGGGGAAAGGGGACAUGCUUGAAUACACUCAUACAGUCUUCUGUGGCUGGAGGCAGUUUUUGUGUGAUACGUUUGGAGAGUUUAUAUUUAAGUAAUCUUUUCCUCCUGCCAUAUUUAAUGCAUCAUUUGAUGACGUUUGGGUUAAAUACCAAUCUAACUAGUUCAGAAUGAGAAAAAAGUAUAUUUUUAGACUCAGUUACCUUGGGCUUUGGCAAGACAGCAUGUUUAACUUUAUAUGGUAUAUGACUGAUAUCAGAGGCAGCAUGAGCUUUUGGUGAUUGUGUUGAAAUUAUUACAUAGUAUAUUUUAAAAUAAGAUCAUACUAAUUGUUGUAUUUGUAAAUUAGUUGUGUGGUUUUUAUAGAGUGAUUUAUUUCAGUGGAAGUAUAUUUUUUCCCUUAGAGCAGAAAAGCAAUUACAAAAGAACAAGUGCUCCCCUGUGAUGAAAGAACUGCCUUACGCCAGAAUGGAUAUUUGAAUUUUUCGUGGGCCUAUCGAAUCACCCUAAGUUCCAUUUUGGAAAGGGCUUUCUUUAGGGUUUACUGCUGGAUAAAUUCCUUUUUGAGCCUUUUACAGUGGCGUUUCCUUUUUACUUGAAUCAUAUUCACAGUGUUUUAAGGAUUGGAAAAACUUGAAUUUUUGUGCUAUAAAUGCUUUGUCCACCUCUUUCAACUUGAAGAUAAAGCAACAAGGUCGUAUGCUCUCAGAUAAUAGAGUGGUUUUUGAGAGCUUUCUAAUAAGCUUUUCAGGUUUGAUUUAAAAGUCUGCACAGUGGUUUUGUAGGAAAUGUUUUAAUUUCACUAUGUGUUUUUGUAUCAUAAAAGAUUUAUUAAAUAAAUUAUUGGCAAAC